GUAAACUAUAAAUAAAUAAAGUACUGUUCCGAAAGCUAACUUCGUUUCUUUGAAAAUAUUUGUAGACACUUCUGAAUAUCAAAUAAAACAGAGAGAAAUUAUAUAUUGUUUAACUUUGACGCCAUUAUGCUUUUUUUCCUGUCGUGAAAUACUAUGAAUAUUUAUUUUAUUUCCUGAAAUGCUAUACUGUCAUACCCAUUGUUUUUGAAUGGAAGUGUCAGAAACAAAUUGCGCAGAAUGAUAUCUUUUUAUUUUCCGAAAUAGGUGAUUUUGUGUGAAAUAAUUAAAUAUGUUCUUAUUUAUUCUUUCCAGCAUCGGUGUCGUAUAUCAUGAAAUAUGAGCCGUUUGAAAUUUUUGACCUUGGAAUGUAAUUUAAUGCUCUUUAUAUGUCUUAUUAUAGAUUUGUUUUUUAUAUACAUAAAAUUCUUGUGAAGCAAAAUUUUCACCUUUUCCAUUUUAUGUUCCAAAUUCAUUAAAAAAACAAUUUCUACUUUGAAUUAUGAUUUGAAUUUUUUAAAUGCUGUAAUAAAUAUGCAUUAUGUAUAUAAAUGAUCCUCACGAAUCUGAUUAUUCUCAGGAUAAUUUUCUAUCCAAUGUGAAUACUAUCUUUCACAACAUCUCUCAAAAUUCAGAAAAAACAGCCUUUUUAAAUGUAUCUAGCCACAUGGAAAAUGUAACCUUAACUGUGUUGGAAACGCCUCUUUCAAAUUCCAGUGUCUCAAAUGAUUUUUGGAUACAUUGCCUUGGUCAGUGGUUGCCACCCAAUCACAUUUUAUUUCAAAUUGCAAAUGCUUGUUUAUUUUUAUCCUAUUUGGCACCAGUUGGAAUCUAUGGUUUACUUUACUUGAGAACAUGCUUAAUGAUUGGUUCUAUAUUUUUUGCCAUUUGGGGAUGGAUAGUAUUAUGUGCCUUGGAUACAUUCAUUUGGAAUACAGUAUUCACUUUAAUAAAUUUUAUUCAUGUUGCAAUACUUUUGUAUAUGCUGAGGCCGGUUAAGUUAAGUAAAGAGCUUGAAGAAGUUUAUAAAGAUCUCUUCAAACCCUUGCAAGUAUCACGUCAUCAGUUCAGAAGAGCUAUUAGCUGUAUGAGAGAAAUUAAAUGCUUGAAACCUCGUGAACCAUAUUGUGUGGAAAAUGUUACAAAAGUGGAUCGUUUAUCUCUUGUACUUACCGGAAGGCUUGUUGUAUCUCAAAAUGGGCAUGCUCUACAUAUUGUGGAUAGCAAACAGUUCUUAGAUUCUCCUGAAUGGUUUGGUGUGUGUACAAAUGAUGCUUAUCAAGUAUCCAUUACUGCUUUAGAAGCAUGCCGAGUUUUGGUUUGGCAUCGAGACAAACUUAAACUGUCCAUCAGUGAUGAUAUUUUUCUUCAGGCAGUAUUUGAUAAUAUUUUAGGAAAAGAUGUUGUCAAAAAGUUACUUCUAGUGUCAGAAUCAUCCUGCAAUGGUGUAGGCUUUUAUGUAUGUGAUGAUGUUGUAGCUGAGACUACUAAACUCCUCUCUAAAAAUAAGCAGGGCCAAACUGGACUAGGUGUACUUCUUACAAGACAAGUAAAAAAUCGAGACACUAAUGUGUGGAACCUUGCUAAAAAGGCACAGUCAGAGCAAGAUCCUGAGACAUCUGUUUGAAUAUCAUUUUUAUUAUUUUUAGUCAUUUGUAUUUCUGUAUUGCUGAUAGUAUUUGCAUGAUUAGUAUUAUUUAGCCCAGCAUUUUCUUAAUAAGAAGAAUGUAGGAUUGCCAUAGCUCUUGUGUUAAAUUUAUUUGUUUUUAUUUAUUUGUAUAAAUUAAUGAAUCUCAUAUUUUUUUGUUAUCUUGUGAAAGAUAUUUUGAUAUUUUUGUUGAAUUAAUUUUUUUUAUUGAUUUUAUUAUUUAGUCAUUGCUUCAGCUUUAACGCUAGCAUUUAAUGUGCAAUUAUUAUUUAAAUGCAAAUUUAUAUAUUUUAUUUGACUUUUUAUUUCCUAUGCAAUGUUAUAAUGUUUGUUAUGAUAUUCCUUUUUUUUUUUUUUUUUUUUUCUUUAUUGUGUUAAGUUAACGGCUUAAAAAGGCUUAACCAAAGAAACUUAUUUGGCUGAACAUUGAAUGAUAAAUCAGUUGAAAAGAAUGGACCUUUAUUUUUGCUAACAUAAUUUUUUAUUUUAAUUUAUGUAAAUUUCAAAUUCCAUUCAAUGUCCUGUUGUUUUUUGUUUAUGAAAUC